AGUAGUGUGCUAGCAGUCGAGCGCGCCAAGUUGGGUUUGAGUGCUCCACACACACGGAACUUUUCUCUUCUGCCCAAAAGCUAAAAAAAAAUUAAUAAAAUAAAAUAAUUUGUACGCAACAAAAUUCCCAAAAAACUCCUCGAAAUCGUCUCCGUUAGAGAGGAGUCCCAAAAGAAUUUUGUUCGCAAUAUAAUUUUGUAUUAUUUAUAGAAAAGAAACAUUUGGGCCAUCAUCCGCGGAAAAUAUUUGGUGCUCGCACGCAUAUUAAUCCAGAAGUGUGGUGUCACCGUAAAAUGAUUAUCGCGUAGCAUCGUUUCUCGUAUAAACUUUAAGGUACCAACCAUACCAUCUAUCUACACUCAUAAUAUAAAAAUCUCUAUCGGGAGAAUUUUGAGAUUAUUUUUUUUCUCAUUUCUUUUUGGGAACUAUCCAGACCUUAGAAGCAAUAUAUCAGAAUGGAUCCCAGUGUUCUUUCGACCAUGGACAGAGAAGCAUUGAAGAAACAGAUUGAAAAUAUGAAAUAUCAAGCUUCAAUGGAACGAUGGCCCCUAUCAAAAAGUAUAGCAGCGAUGAGAGAAUAUGUGGAAGAAAACGAAAAAAAUGAUCCACUCAUUCAUGCCCCGGAUAAGAAGAACAAUCCAUGGGCAGAGAAGGGUAAAUGUGUCAUCAUGUAAUUAAUUGUAAGGAUUUUUUUUUUCGGAUAACCAUCAUCAACAAUUCAACCGGCGAUUUCUUCGUUCACGUUUUAUCGAUAUAAUAGUAAAGAAAGAAAACCCAGAAGGAUAACAACAAUCCUUCGUAGGAGUUUAAUAAAAAAAUUGAAAAUUAGUGAAAUACUGUAAGAAAAAAAAAUAUGAAGAAAACAACGUGCGGCAAUUACAUUUAUAAUUAUAAAAGAAAUAAUGAGAAAGAGAAAUAAAAUGUGUAAUAUUCACAUAAUAUUGCACAUUAAUCCAUUAACUUUGAAUUUAUUUGAAAUUUGAGGAUAAAACAAUAAUUAUUUUAAAUCUCUUUUUUAAAGAAGAAAUUUCAUUUGGACUUCCUUUGCCGAAAUUUAAUUAAAAGUAUCCGCAUGUAAAUUCUUUUAUACCUGAAAUUUAUGCUUAUUCAGUAAAAGAAAAAACAUAAAAUGGAAGAAUGUUUUAUAGCAUUUGUACUUUGUACGAUAUCAAUACCAUGUAUAACUAACUAAAUUUGACAAAAAAAACUAUUCAUUCAUUUAAAAAGAAAAAAAGAAAUUAAAGUAAAUCAAGACCAAAACUAACAGGUUACUCCGAGUCUAUCAAUUUCACAUUAUUAAGUGAGUAAAGAAAAAAAGAAAGAAUUAAAAUAGCGAAAAAAAUUGAUAUAAGGUGUUUUUUUAUUGAGGAAGUUAAACAAUUAAUAAAUACAUAAAAUUAUAAGUAAUUUAUUUAUAAAGAAAAAAAACAUUAAAAUGAAAUGUAUUAUAUAUUAAAAAUAUCUUUCCACCUUCUACUAAUAUACAUAUAAGUUAUGUAAAACAUGACUCCUAUAUUCUUCAAAUAUAAGUUUAUGGUUUUCUUCGUUUUUUCUAAUCUCUUUCUAAAACAGUUGAAAAAAAAUCAGAAUAUAUUUUAAGAGGCCAAAUUAGUCCGUGGUUAAAACAAAAUAACAACAAAAAAGUUUUUAAAAAAUCAGCUGAAUUUAAACAAAUUUUAGAUAAAAUAGAAUUGAAUCAAACUUAAUAAAUCUAUGCCCUAAAAGUAAGUAAAUUCCUAUUGUACUUACCCAAUUUGAUGUGUUUUUAAUUUAAACAACAAUAGAAUUGGUACAUAAUAACAAAAAAAUGUAAUUACAUCAAGCAUUUAAUUUCUUUUUUUCGUGUUCUGUGGAGGAAAUAAAAAUAAAAGUAACGGAUGAAAGAAUCUUGCAUUAAUCUUUAGAAUUUUAACUAAUAGAAAAAAAAUGAAUUAAAUAAAAAAAUAUAAUAAUUCAAUAAUAUAAUAAAAUGGUGUUUAUGAAACAAAGUAAAUUUCAUCAAAAAAAAGAAGAAGAAAUAUGAUAAUCGUAAUAAAAAAAAUAUUUAGAUAGUAUCUUUUCUUUAUUGAAUGAAUUCUUGGUGUAUGACAAUUUCAAGAGGAUAUUAGAACAAAUUAUUAUUUUGUAUUUAACCAAAUGAGGUAUAUUUUGUCUGCUUUUGAAAAUAUCUCUAUGAAAUUUACCUUUCUCUCAAAUCUAAAAAAAAAAUCUAUUUUUAUUUAUUUAAAUAAUGAGAUUUACAUUGUUGGAAAAACAACAUUAAUAAAAAAAACUCUUCAAAUAAAACUCCUCAUUCAUUUUCUGCAAAAAAUUCUCUUUCCAUUCAAAAUUAAAAAAGAAAAUUAAAUAAAAACAAUACUAAAAAAAAAGUCCAAAUUAAAUAAAAAUCAAGAUCUGCAUCAAUAAAUAAUUUUCUUUGUAAUAUAAAAGAAGAAAAAAAACUAAUUUCUCGUUUGAUGUUAGUUUUGCAAGGAAAAUGUAUUGUCAAAUAUUUAUUUUGUCACACUGAGAGAUGAAAUAAUUUCUGUAUGACUUAGAAUCGAUUUAAAAUACAUAUUGAUAAAAAAAAUA